GUCUAUUUCCGGUUGUGUCGGCUCUCGGCCGACCCGACCUGUGUUGUCUGUACCAGCUGUCAAGAUCGCUCCGUUUUGCACGCAGUGUGUUUAUUACCUUUAGGAGGACGGCCACACGCUCGCAGAGAUGGGAAGGACCGUUGUCUACGACGACCACGUGCAGAAGCUCGUCAACGAACUUGUCCAGAGAAAAGCAACAGAUGUCACGGUAGGAGUCAUCAUCGGCCAGAGCACGCAGCAGCGAGACAUUGUCGUGCACGUUGCCAGCACGCCGAAGAAAGAUGACGAGGAAUCGCAGGAAGAAGGCGACGUGAAGAGCAAGGCGGCCCCUGGAGAAGUGGAGGAAGGUUGGAUCUGCCAACAUGCCAAGCAGGUCACGCGGAUGCUGCCAGGAGGGAUUGAUGUCCUGGGUCUCUUUGCGGUGGGCCCUCCCGAUGCACUGGCGGCUGCACACAUCCAGCUCAGACAAGUCCUUUUUGCAAUAUACAAGUCACUUGGGAAGGACCACAAAACAUCUUUCAAUCCGGAGGUGACUGACAAGAUUCUCCUGCAGAUUUGUUCGGUUACGAGAAAGGUUACAUGCAAGACAUUCAAUAUUACCGAUACAAAGAGCACAGCCAAGCCGGCAGAUUGGAAGCAGUCUACGGGUGGCGGGUCUACCCGCUGGCAUCGACUGGAGACGAGCCUCAGCCUGAAUCUUUGGGUUCCCUUGAGUGAAGAGCGCUGCCAGCAGGGACUCAUGCGCCAGAUCCAGUUUGGGCUACAGCCCUUCUUCAGGGCCCUCCAGGAGGCCGUGGCUCUGCUCAACGGAGAGUCGCGUCCUCCGCAGGAGGCCCUGGACUCUGGGGCCGACAAGAGACGCUCCCGAGCCAAAGACCUACAGAGCAUCUUUUUGGUGGACCUUUUUUUGCCAAUGGACUGCAACAACAAUGCUGGCCAGAGCAAGGUGCUUGGGCCAACAGACUGUGGGGCCACCAUGUCCAUUGUGGGGACCAUCCAGUGCCGGGCAUUUGUGCACAGCAAAGCCACCGUCCAAGAAGCCAUUAAGGUUCUUUCGACUGCACCCUACGCAUUGUUACACAAUCUGAAUCUUGCACAUUGUUUGGUGCAGGCCAUCAAACAAGAUGUUGUACGGAGCAUCACAUCCAGGUGCGAAAUUCAGUGUGAAGACAUGCUGCUUAUUGAAGAUGAACAGCACGACCCAUCACUGGUACAUGAACUCCCAAAGCGAGUGUUCUUCCCACUGGAGGAACGAGACCUGACGCUGUGCGACUACAUCUUCCACGGGGAUGCUGCAGCAGACUCUCUCGAGGCCCUGCACGAGCUGCUGGGCCUGACUGUGGAUGCUGAAGACAUAGAGCUGGACGUUGAGCACUCACCAGAAAGCAACCAGCAGGUAAUCGAUGGUGUCGAGGCAGCAGAGAUCCUCACAGAAGCCACUGAACAACUUUCGCGUGGACGCAACAUGCUCAUUCCCAUCGCAAGUGCGGCAAUCGCUGCUCUCGGCGCCGGGAUUUCCUACUUGCUGCUGCAGGAGUGAAGGCAACAGUCCAACUAGACAAUGUUGCAAAUAAAAGCUUUUUCCUAUGUC